AUGGCUCGCGCCAGGCCACGUGCCGGCUCUCUCGAUGAGAAGAAGCUGGCAGUCGGACGAGAGCAGGUCAGACUGAACGUCCAGGCUCAUCGGCAGCGUCAAAAGGAGAAGAAACGGCUGGACGCUCUCAACCAACCAUAUGAGCCGAAAUUUCGCUGGGUGCAAGAAACGAAAUGGCAGUCACAGGGGGCGAAGGACUCGAGCACCCGUGUCAAGCAAGAGAGGCUGCGAAAACCACGGCGGAAACCCUCCUCUGGAUCGGAAUGCAGCCUGCUGUGUGAGCCGAGUCCAGAGAAGCAAUAUACGCUCUCUCUGCUGGGAAUGUUCCGAACACGCUUUCUACCCGCGCGAGUGACUCUCCCAGGUGCAGGAGUCUCGGAAGAGCAGCUAAUCACCCCAUGCGCAAUCUGGGUCGUGGAGGCUUACCAAUUGGCGGUUGUCCGAGAGAAUCCUGUGGUAACAGGCAUGCUUCGCGCGUUGGGACUCAGCAUCCUCGCUGCCGAACUGCGACGUGAAGACAUUCGGGCUGUUUCCUUGACUACGUACCACGAGACACUUCCUUUCAUCUGUCGACAGCUCACCUCGAUCACCAGCGGUGGGGGUCUCGACUCGGACGAUUAUUUGGCGUUGAUUCUGUCGGGCCACGCCGCCGCAAUCUUCGAAGUCAAUGUCAGUGGGUGCAUGUCUCGUAUAUUCGACCAAGUUCGCGGUCUGGGCUCCGUGUACGUACAUCAGCUACUUCAGUCUGGCUCGAUGCCUAAAGAUUGGCGCUAUCUGAUGGAAGAGUAUCGUCUCUUUGAAAUCAUCUUCUGCCUUAUUUACCGCAGACCGUCGGUUCUGACUGGCACGGGGCUCUGCAGAAGUGCGAGGCAGCGCAACGAUGGUAGCCACAAACGAAAUGCCAGCGAUUCUGGGAAUAGCCAGUUCGGCGAACUAGUCUUCCUGGCGCGGCACAUCCCUCCCAUCAUGAACCAUAUCGACGAGUCGAUGGCGGGAAAUGCAAUUCGCAACCGGGCAGCCGAGCAACUCCACGCAACAAUGGAGACUGUGUCCUUCGUUCUGGAAGAGCUGCAAAGAUGGUGUACUGCGUUCCUAGCUCGAGAUGGGAGGGCGUUUGCGGAAUCGGAAGCCUACGUCUGUGGGUGCGGCGACUUCGACUUUCCAGACUUUCAGGUCGCCUCAGCUUGGAUCUUUUGGUUGUCCUUCAAGAUACACGCCCUUGAAAGCUAUCUCUCCGUCGUCGACAUCAUCCAGUCGUCUCAGCAGAACCACGAUAUAUCUGACCUGUGUGAGCAUAGGAGUAACACCAGCGGUACACGGGUGAGCCAGUUCUGCAAGGGCAUCUUGGGCGCACGUUCAGAACUGCUGGAAACCGUCCAGCUUCUUAUUCGCUCACUGCCAUACCUGCUGCAGGCCAAUGUUGGUUACGUUGGACGAAGCUUUGUCGCUUUCCCUUUGGAGACCGCGAGAGUCGCACUUCUGCACGAGUUACAGCGUGAGUCGAGUGUACCUUCGCCCGCAGAUGUGCUGUCACCGUCAAUCUCGGCAGAUGAACCUACGCAGGGUAUUUUGCAGGGGUUGGCAUCUUGUGCACGGAUUAUGGAGAAUGCGAAGGCCAUGAAAUGCGCGUUAUUCUCUGAUCAAUGGGCCAGUUACUCAACUGGGGUCUGA